UGUGCUACCGUCAAGGCAAACUAUAUGAAUGGCACCUUUCGGGAAUCAUCUAAUGGAGCGCUGCAAAAUACGGAGUGGGAGGCAUGUGGCUCCGCAAAUUGCUACCCUGGGGUCUUCGCACCACAGGGCCAGACAUGCUCCCUAGGAAGACUCUCUCCGCUACAGGUGAAUGUCCAAAACAGUCAAGAUAUUACAACUACUUUGGCGUUUGUUCGGAAAUACGGCAUUCGAAUGGUGGUCAAGAAUACUGGACAUGACUUUCUUGGUCGGAGCAGUGCAGCAAAUACCCUUCUCCUCAGCACUCAUAAUUUGAAGAAUAUGGCAUUCAAAUCCUCCUUCACUCUCAAAAAUUGCCCUGCUGCAAGCAGUAAGCACAAUAUUGGCAUUAUAGGAGCUGGCGUUAUUGCAGAGGAAGCUGUGGACUUUUUCGACCAGCACAAUAUGAUGGUUACCAUUGGCGGCUGCUCUACCGUGGGCAUCGCUGGAGGAUUUGGUCAAGGCGCAGGCCACGGUCCUCUAACACCCACUUAUGGACUGAUGGUAGAUCAGGCGGUUGAGUUUGACGUUGUCACAGCUGACGGAGUUUUCCGGACCAUCAACGAAUGCAAUGACCCGGAUCUCUUCUGGGCAAUGCGAGGUGGUGGUGGACAGUCAUAUGCUAUCCUCGUCAACUACAAGUUCCAGCUGUAUCCCGAGACACAAUGGGCCGUAUGGCGCCUAGAAGCGACCUUCAAUGAUACCGAUCCAGACUACACAAAGAGCACAGUCUUGCGUGACGUUCUUACAGAGCUGGCUAAGGAGCAGACCAACUGGUCAAAGCAUCACGUUGCUAGUUACCGCUCCGUUUCAGCGGCUAGUUUCAGAUUCCUCGAGGUUCUACCUGUUGGCCAAGACCCCCUGGGGACGAUAAAGCAACUUACAUCGAAGUACAACACUUUCCUUACUGGCCAUGCAGGACUCAAUAUUACAGUCAACGGCUACUUUUUGUAUAAUAGUGAGAAGGGCUUCUACACUGGUCAGGCAGAUUACCUGGCAGCCGCCGGUAUUGUUGGCAUUUCCGCCUUGACUCCAAGUCGCCUCAUCACCACCGAUAAUUUUGAGACCCUUGCAAAGGUGGACGCCCUCGUCAGUGGCGUCCUACUAGGCAUGGAGACUGCCCGUCAGGAACUGGGUGGCGCUCUGGGCACUACAUUCACGGCUGUCAUCCUGGCGACUGGAGCGAGCAAUACACCUGAUGCGCAAAACGCAACCAGCGCCAAUCCUGCAUGGCGAAAUACUCUCUGGCAUUUCAUCGCCGCGGCAGGUUGGUCUCCCGGCUCUCCUGAUGCCACCGGUGAUCAGGCUGUGGCAGCUGCCCGUGCUGCUCUGGGAGAGAUCAAAAAGCCACUUACUGUGCAGGCCUCGUACAUGAACGAAGCAGAUCCGGGAGAGGUUGACUGGCAGAAUCUCUUCUUUGGUGAAAAUUACGAUAAGCUGCUUGCGAUUAAGCAAAAGUAUGAUCCUGAUACGCUGCUGAAUUGCAAGGGCUGCGUGGGCUACCUUGGAGAUGAGGACCCUAUGUAUUCUUGCUAUUCAGAUAAUCCUGUCCCAUCAACGCCGUAUCCGUUUAACUAAGAGGGUCGUCAUUAUUGACAUCAAUUACACAAGUGUCUACCCGUGGGUGUAUCGAAUUGGUAGGGCAGCUGAUAGAGAACUUUGAAAGUGGAUAUUAUGGAGGUGUAGAAUGGAAGAUGAUAAAAAUUCUUACAAGUUUAGUAUAUUGAUACUUCAACGAUGGACCCAGGAAACAAAGGAAUACUAUACAUGUAGCUAUAGGCUAUUCCUUAUUCGUCCAUGAUAUGUUCCGCUAUUGUUUAAAUAGUCCAACGAUAGACAAAACAUUCAUCCCGUAAGCGAGACUAUCGGGACACCUCAUCAAUGAGAGUUGAUAGUUGAGAAAUGCCAUUACCCGAUCGUACUUCCUUCAAAUCUCUACAUAUAAUAUGAGAGGUUUAU